UGUGUUGGGUUAGGGGGGGGUUGCAUGCCACUGAGCUGCUGGCGUGUCCGCCCGCGCUGCUGAGUCAGGCGCGUCCAGCCGCGGUCUAUCUAGUUGGCUGCUCCCUCUUUUCUCGCCGGUUGUCUUUUGCCUGGAUGACAGUGGGUUUUUCCUCCUGCGACGUCAUUGGUGCGGCCAGCAGCAGGACGGGUCUGGGGAGCCGGGCUGCCUUCUGUCCUCCGCCGCGGAGCAGACCAGUUGCGUGCGUGUCGGCGCAUGGGCCGCCCAUGGGCGCUGCUGCGGAGCUGCGUCCCGGCUCGGCUGUCCCGGUGCGUCCCCGGUGCGUCUCUGCGUUCAGAGCGGUUCCCAGCCCCACCUCCCCUACUGUUGGUGAAUGAAGCCCGCCGCGGGGACAUGUGAGUGAGUGCCGGAGCCUCCUGCAGCCUCCAGCCGGGCUCCCGAUGAGAGGCAUUAGCGGCGCAGCGGAGCCGCGGCUCGGUGCGGAAAAGCGAGCCUGACUGAGUGACUGCAGACCGGCGUGGAAACGCACCGCUGGGGGGGGGGGGGACGGGCUCAAUAGCGCAGAGACACGGAGGGAGCAAAAACCCGCACAAUGUCCAUCCACAUCGUGGCUCUGGGCAGCGAGUGUCCCGGAGGGGUCGGGCCCGGGGAGGAGAUCAUGGGCCAGGGCCAGCUCCAGGGAGGGCUGCUGUGGAGCUACCUGGGCCACGGGGCGCUGCUGGGACCCAGCGACCAGGAGGGCAGCCACCACAACCCGGCCUUCAUGGAGUACACCUCACGUGUCUUUGGAGAUGUCACAGUGGUGGUUCGGGAUUGCCCCAGCUGGGACUUGUUGGACAGCGACUGGGCCAGUGUACGCAAGGUUCUCGAGCAGGCAGACAUCCUUGUCAUUAAAUAUUCAGUCACGGACAAACUGGCCUUCCAGCAGGUCAGAAACGGCUAUGCCCCGAGGCUCCGCCCUCUCCUCAGACACUGGGGCGUGCCUGUUAUCCUGGUUGCUGUUGGAGCUCGCCUGAAUGAUGAAGGCCCUCCUUGUACGUGUCCGUUGUGUGCGUCCGACUGGAGCAGCUGUGUGCCUCACAACGAAGGGCUGCAGUUGUCCCGGGACCUGGGGGCCACCUAUCUGGAGCUGCCCUCCCUCAAUCACGUCUUUGUCGGCCGCUACUUUGGCAGCGUGCUAGAGUACUUCAUGAUUCAGUGUCUGAAGCACAAAGCCAAAGAGAGGCCAGACAAGAGGCGAGGAAAUAAAGUGAAUGAGCUCCGUCCCCCGUUUUUAGAACAACCAGCUCGCCUUCCCCCUAUCCGAGUGGAGGAGUCCAGCUUCUCCCAGGACAUGCAGUGGUUGUUGGAGCGCGGCAUGCAGUUUGCCGACGUGGCCUUCUACGCGGGGGAUUCUGGGAAGGAACUCGGGUGGGCGCACGCAGCCGUGCUGUGCGCCGUCAGCCCGUACUUCAGGCAGCUGCUCCUGGGGCCCAAGACCAGGGAACGUCCGCAGUCCCGCUGUGUCUGCAGAGACACACGGGACGCUGGGCCUCACUCCCUGCUCUCCACCUGGGACGGCGGCAUUAUCGACGACAUGCCGCGGGCGGAGGGACACCUGGCGGGACGCCUCACCCGUCUGGUGGUGAAGGACCCGCUCCUGUGCAUGUGCUUGUGGGAGACCCUCAUGUUCAUCUACAGAGGAGCGUGGGAGUGGGAGCAUCUCCAGGAGGCCCUGGACGAGAAACUGAAGAAUUCGCAUGCCGUGUCUCAACUUAUGGAGCGUGUACGGUCCCUCAUUGGCAGAGACAGGGGCUCCAGGGACACACCAAGUGCGCGGGCAGCUCAGCUCGGCCCACAGACUCUUGUGAACCUCUUCAAUUCUCCCCUUUACUCUGAUGUCAUCUUCAUGGUUCAAGGGAGCGUGUUGCCCGCCCACCGAGCGGUGCUGGUUGCACGCUGCGACGUGAUGGCGGCCAUGUUCAGUGGGAAGUACGCGGAGGCUCGGAGCAGGGUGGUUCCUAUCCACGGCGUCUCCUCGGACACCUUCCUGUCUUUCCUGGAGUAUCUCUACACUGACUCCUGUUGUCCUGCCAGUGUGCUGCAGGCCAUGGCCGUGCUGGUUUGUGCUGAGAUGUACCAGGUGAAGCGACUGCAGCAUCUGUGCGAGGUGUGCGUGUGCGCGUACCUGCAGAGCAUGCCCAGUAGAGAGCUGGCAUCAACAGGUAUCAGCGUGGUGAGACUCCUCCGCAGAGCAAAGUGCCACAACGCAGAGCAGCUGUAUGUCUGGCUCCUCCACUUCAUCGCCAAUAACUACCUGAUCUUCAGUCAUAAACCCGACUUCCUGGAGCUCUCAGAGGAGGAGCGUGAGCAGGUGGAGAGGCUCCGCUGGCCGUCCAGGGGCUACCUGCAGGAGCUCAGCGAGUACCAGCAGCGGCGCCGCAAACUACGCAAGUCCCGCUGCAUCGUCAUGUGAUCACGUCGAGACCCGCGAAGCCCUGCGAAGAGAGAGCGGGGCAAGGGAGAGAGUCCAAAGAGAACAUAAUGAGAGGGGGAGACGACGAGAUGUGGGGGAUUUCAACGUUGCAGAGCAGGAAGUUCAACGAUAAAUCAGACAAAGAAGUGGACAAGCAGCUGCAACACACCUCUCUCUCCCUUUCCCUCCUCCAGAGGGAUGACUUUUUGUUCAAGGAUGAUUCCAUCGUGGGCAAUACGACUGAUCCUUAGAACCCAAUAUGAUUUUAAAAUGACCGUCUGGCCUCCGGCCAGAGCUCUGUGAUAGAUUAUAUUUCUACCGGCUGAUGCAAAGUACUGAAUUUCAAAGAUGGAGAGUGGCAAAAUGGCUCCAUUGUGAGUAUAAAUAAUAUACUAGAUACCCAAACAUCUGUUGGAAACACAAACCAGCACCAUGGGCAGAUGGCUGCGAGCUACAGAUCAUGUGUAAUGUAGCUUCAGGUUGAAAGAGGCAGAGCGGCUCAUCAACGCGAUACCUGACGGCGUGUGUCUAUCUUACAGCGGACGCGGGGCGAACGUGUCAUAAAUUAAACCCAUGAUGCCUCAUAACGCAUCUGUGUCCUGUUGGAUUUAAAGACGUGUGCAUAUCCAGCAUUUUUUUUACACUGAACUCUUGAGCCUUCAUUUGUCAGUAGCCAAAUCUGCAUUUCAGCAGAAUGCGGACAGACAUUAAGACGGAGAGCGUAAUUACAGCAACGGACCGGGCCGCCGGUUCAGGCGUCCUCGUUUUCAUCUGUAAUAUAUCAGAAACUCAGUUGAGCUCGUGAGCAGGACCAAUUUAAUUACAAUUAUUUUAUUAGAUUCAUCACAUCUAUAAUGCAACAUCAGUGAGCUGAACUGAUUUUAUUAUUGUGUCAGAUGGAAUAUAUUUUGAGCCUCGUCUGAGUCAAAUGAGGCCAUUUAAUUAAAAAAAAAGUGGCUCAAAAAUAAAUGUUCACAUUAAACUAAGCAAAUUAAAAUGAAAUUUAAAACCUUUUGAGCUGGAGUUUUAUACCAUUUAUUUGGGGAGUUAAAGUCAGUC